GACAUUUCUUUUCAGUUCAAUGGUCUAUACAACUCACCCCAACAAAACAUAGAAACAAGAUUCUGAUUGAAGCAAAGGCUUUCCCAUCAGAUCAGUAUGCGGUUGAAUCCCAAAUUAAAUUUCACGGUUAUGAUCCUGCCACAGCGUUGAUUACGGUUAACCCACCUCCUGGUGAAUACACAAUAAAUUUGGAUGAUAUCCUGAAUACAAUUGAAAAAGAAGGCUCUUCGAUCUCUUUGGUUCUUUUCAGUGGUGUUCAUUACUAUUCUGGUCAGUUCUUUAAAUUAAAAAAGAUAACUGCUGCGGCUCAGAGGAAGGGAUGUAUUGUUGGAUUUGAUUUGUGCCACGCGGUGGGUAAUGUAGUUCUCAGACUUCAUAAAUGGAAUGUUGACUUUGCAGUGUGGUGUACAUAUAAAUAUUUGAAUUCUGGUCCUGGUGGUAUUGCCGGUAUUUUUAUUCAUGAGAAACAUGCACACGAUUUUAAUCGACCUAGGUAUAAGUUAUUCACUUUGAUUACGAUAAUGAAAAUUUAG